AUGCAUGACAGCAUCAAUUCAAUAUUUAAUAAAUCCCAUUACCACAAAACCAUCGAUUUGCUUUCAUUUUUCGAUCUCGCUACAGUUUUCUCAAUUUAUGUGUGAUUAGUGGUCAGGGAACUAAUGCUGAAUAUAUAAUUUGACUGAUUUGAUUUAAAGUCUUCAAAAUAAAUUGUUCCAAAAUGAGUUUCGUCAGUGAUUUAUCGAUUGCUGUCAUCUGUUCGUCAAACAUGAACCGUUCUAUGGAGGCGCAUGGUUUUUUAGCCAAGAAAGGCUACAAAGUGCGCUCUUUUGGCACGGGCGAAAAGGUUAAAUUGCCUGGAACUGCACUAGACAAACCAAAUGUCUAUGAAUUUGGUGCCUACACUUAUGACGAAAUUUAUAAUGACCUCGCCAACAAAGACAAACAAUAUUAUACACAAAAUGGACUUUUACAUAUGUUGGAUAGGAAUCGCAGAAUAAAAAAAUGCCCAGAGAAAUUUCAACAUUGCACCGAACAAUUUGAUUUGAUAAUUACCGCUGAGGAGAGGGUCUAUGAUCAGGUCGUUGAGUAUAUGGAGUCUAAGGGAGGAGCAGACAAUAGACCAGUGCACAUAAUCAAUAUUGAUAUUCAGGAUAAUCAUGAGGAAGCAACAAUGGGAGCAUUUUUGAUCUGUGACUUGGUCGCAAUGUUAACCGCAACCGAUGACUUGGAUAAUGAUAUCGAUGAGCUAUUACACGAAUUCGAAGCAAGUAGUCAAAGGUCGCUAUUACAUUGUGUCCUAUUUUACUGAAUAAAACACACAAAACAAAAUUGACAAAUCUAUCGAAAACAGAAUAUUUUAUUCAAUGAAUUUCAAUGGAACCAUUUUAUUGAAAAUAAUAACAUAAAAAUUCUUAUAAUAAUUUCAAAUUAAACAUUUAUUUAAUGCUGAUCCAAAUGGGCGAAUUUUUUCCGCAGUUUUUCUCGCUUCUCUUUUUU